AUGCCUGCGGCCGUCUAUCUUCUAGGGGUUCUUUUCACGCAAGAGUCCUUCAGAACCGCUGCCUUGGCCAACAUGGUCUCUUCCCUUCCCCCCCUCGCACUCUCCUCUCAGAUGCUCAAGGCUCUCAUGCAUGCCUGCGGCCGUCUAUCUUCUAGGGGUUCUUUUCACGCAAGAGUCCUUCAGAACCGCUGCCUUGGCCAACAUGGUCUCUUCCCUUCCCCCCCUCGCACUCUCCUCUCAGAUGCUCAAGGCUCUCAUGCAUGCCUGUGGCCGUCUACCUCCUUGGAGUUCUCUUCACACGAGAGCCUCUGCCUUUUCCAACAUGGUGUCUCCGCUUUCCCCUCCCACACUUCCCCUCCCACACUUCCCCUCCCACACUUCCCCUCCCACACUUCCCCUCCCACACUUCCCCUCCCACACUUCCCCUCCCACACUUCCCCUCCCACACUUCCCCUCCCACACUUCCCCUCCCACACUUCCCCUUCCACACUUCCCCUCCCACACUUCCCCUCUCACACUUCCCCUCUCACACUUCCCCUCCCACACUUCCCCUCCCACACUUCCCCUCUCACACUUCCCCUCCCACACUUACCCUCUCAGAUGCUCAAGGCCCUCAUGCUUGUGGCCGUGGCUCCUAGGAGUCCUCUUCACCCGAGAUUCAUCAGAACCUCUUCUCUACCCUUCCUCCGAACCCCCCCUUUCACGCCCCUCCCAGAUGCUCAAGGCCCUCAUGCCAGGCGUUUCGAACCUCUGCCUUCGCCAAACAUGAUGCUCAAGGCCCUCAUGCCUGUCGCCGUCUACCUCCUCGGAGUCCUCUUCUCUCGAGAGACCUUCCAAUAUUCUCUGACCCUCGACUCGUGUGUUCUCUUCUCUCCCACCCCCCACGGUCUCCCCCAUACACGCCCCUCUCAGAUGCUCAAGGCCCUCAUGCCUAUCGCCGUCUACCUCCUCGGAGUCCUCUUCACACGAGAGGCCUUCCGAACCUCUUCGCUACCCUUCCUCCCCCACCCCUCCCCCUCUUUCACGCCCCUCUCAGAUUCUCAAGGCCCUCAUGCCAGUCGCAGUCUAACUUCUCAGAGUCCUCUUCACGCCAGAGUCGCUGUGUAUCUCCUCGGAGUGCUCUUCACACGAGAGGUCUUCAAAACCUCUGCCUUUGCCAACAUGGUCGCCAUCACAGUGGGGGUGGCCGUGGCAGCGUAUGGGGAGGCGAAUUUCAACCUUACCGGGAUAAAGUCUUCCGCAAACACGGUAGCCAUCACAGUGGGGGUGGUGGUGGCGGCGUAUGGGGAGGCGAAUUUCAACGCCACUGGAGUGCUGCUGCAGCUGGGGGCUGUGUGCUUCGAGGCCAGGCGCCUUGUUCUCAUUCAGAUCCUCCUGACAGCCAAGGGCGUGUCUCUCAACCCAAUCACCUCCCUCUUCUACAUCUCUUCAGUCUGCCUCCUCUUCCUCUCCCUCCCCUGGCUGCUGGUCGAGUACCCUCGCCUCGCUCCCAUCUCCCACCUCUACUUUCCGCGCCUCUCUCCCUCCCUUUUGCGCCUACUUCUCACCCCUUCCCACACCUUCUUAUUGCCUUUUUUUUUGGUAUCUCCCUUUUCCUGUCUCCUCUCCUUCCCUUCCUUGCAGAUCCUCCUGACAGCAAAGGACGUGUCCCUCAACCCCAUCACAUCCCUCUACUACAUCUCGCCCGUCUGCCUCCUCUUCCUCUCCCUCCCCUGGAUUCUCAUCCUCCUGACAGCCAAGGGCGUGUCUCUCAACCCCAUCACAUCCCUCAACUACACCUCUUCAGUGUUUCUUGGAGCCUCUCCCCUCACUCCCCACCCCCCCUUCCCUAUCAUUCUCCUUCCCUUCCCUGCAGAUCCUCCUGACAGCAAAGGGCGUGUCUCUCAACCCCAUCACAUCACUCUACUACAUCUCCCUCGUCUGCCUCCUCUUCCUCUCCCUCCCCUGGCUCCUCCCCUGGCUUCUGACACCUUAUUCAACCCUUUCCUCUCUCCUGCUCUUUCUCUGUAUUUUUCCUAUCUCCAAACCUUCGCAUCCCCACAGAUCCUCCUAACAGCUAAAGGCGUAUCCCUCAACCCCAUCACAUCCCUCUACUACAUCUCCCCCGUCUGCCUCCUCUUCCUCUCCAUCCCCUGGCUACUCGUCGAGUACCCUCGCCUCGCUCCCUCUCUCACCAUCCCCGCUCAACCUGCGCUCGUCCUUUUCCUCGCCAACUGCGCGUGUGCCUUCUCGCUCAACCUCGCUGUGUUUCUGCUCAUUGGGAAAACGUCAGCUCUCACCAUGAACGUGGCAGGUACGUAG